AUGCCACAGACUCAGCAGCCCGAUGGACAACCGCAGUUAGAUCCGCCUGCUGAUCCUAAUCUUCCGGACUUCGAUUAUACACUUCGAGACAUCUUUGAUCCUAAUGUGAAGAUUUUAGUUGAUCGACAUGCCCGAUAUGUCAUUAGCACCUUUUCUGGCGCGUUUAUGCCUAAUAGGUUGGCUACGGAGUCAAUAACAGCAGUGAUUGAAGCUAGAUAUCAGAAACCAUGGCUAUCAUGGGGUGACAUUAUUAGUGAAGGCAAGAAAAUGGAUAACAACAAGCCAAGGGAUGAAUUUUGGAAUACGUUCAAAGAGAAAUGCACUUGGAAGAAAGAUGAGGAUGGUGAAAUUAGUAAAGCUUUUGACACUGCAUGCUCCACGCGCCUCUCAAGCAUGCUUUCUGUUGCGCGCAAGAACCGUGGACCGGAAGAUGAAAAUCGUCCAAAAUGGAUUGGCGUCGGCACAUGGCUUGAGUUGUGUAAGAAGUGGAAUACACCGAAAUACCAAAAGAAGUGUGCAAAGAAUGCAGCUAACAGAAAGUCAGAGAGGGCAGCUACCAACACACACUCAGGGGGGUCUGUAAAUGCUGGCACAUCUACAUUCAGAUACGAAGCACAACAUGGACGACUUCCAACCUUAUUGGAGACUUUUGAUUAUUUUCAUUUUAAAGAUGGAUUGCCUCGUGAUGAUAUAUCGAAAAGCAUACAUAAGACCAUGACAGAAUUUACUGAAGCUUUUCAAAGUCAGCAGGAUAGUCUUCCCCCUUCUGAUCGAUAUGAUUCUAUCACUGCUAGUGGAAUUAUAAUGAACAAAUUCAUAGAGACUGUGGGUGGGAAGAACAAGGGCCGUAUUGUUGGUGCUGGUAGUAACUCUAAGUUAUAUCAGAAGGAUUCAUCUGGCAAAUUCAUAGAUACUUGCCUUAACUCUUUUGAACGCACAGGUCGGUCAACUCGUAGACACGACGAUCCCAUUUAUACUGAGGUUGAACAAUUGAGGGCUGAGAAUGCUUUAUUGAAGGCACAACAAGAAGAACUUGUAAAGUCACAACAAGAAAUGAAAAGUCAGGUAGUUGAAUUGGUGCAAUUGCAAAGAACCAUGCUAGAGCAACAACGACGAUCUCGUGGGGAUACAUCACAACCUGAUCCAUAUGAUCACGCGAUAACACCGCAAUAUGAUGAUUUGGGGGUAUGAUCUUAUAUUUGAUUCAUUUUUUUUAAAGUUUAUUACUUUUUUUUUGUUUUGUUUUAUUACCAAUUUAGUACUAAGAUUUCUAUGAGGUGUGCUUGCAACUAUGGACCCAAUAUAUUUUUUUGUUGACAAAAUUAUAGUACAAUUUAAG